AAAGAGCUCCAUCAACAAUGAACCAAGAGACUUAAAGGGAAAAAAUGAUAUCCAACUUCAGGCAAAACCCCUUUUCUUUGCUCUGUUUUUGGACACUGAUACCUCUGUUUCUCAAACAGUCAAUAGCAGGCGACGACACCUUAAAAGCAGGGCAGUCCAUUAACGACACCCAAUUAAUUGUUUCAGCCACCCAGAUGUUUGAAUUGGGGUUCUUCUCUGAACCCAAAUCCUCAAAUUUCAAGUAUUUAGGAAUAUGGUAUAAGGGUAUUCCUGACGUGGUUGUUUGGGUGGCAAACAGAGAUAACCCAAUUAUAAAUUCCUCUGCCACUUUAAAGAUCAAUGGAGAUGGAAACUUUGUUCUCCUAAAUCAAACAGGUGAGGAUUUUUGGUGUUCAAAUGCUUCAAGAUCAGUUAAAAACCCUAUUGCCCAGCUGCUGGAUACAGGUAAUUUGGUGUUAAGAGAUUCAAAUUCAGGGUCUGAAAAUUACGUGUGGCAGAGCUUUGAUUACCCUUUUGAUACUCUGUUACCGGGGAUGAAACUCGGGUGGGACUUGAAAACAGGUUUAAACCGAAAGUUAAUAUCAAGGAGAAAUCAAAUGGAUCUAUCUUCAGGAAAAUUCAGCUAUGGAAUUAACACAGAUGGGGUUCCUCAACUUAUGGUUAGUGAAGGAAACAAGACAAUGUUUAGAGGGUGGCCAUGGUUUGGGAAUGGUUUUAGCCGGAGUCGGUCACAAGAAGCAAAUUUCAUGUACAAUACUUCAUUUGAGAUAUCAUUUUCAUAUAAUAAUGGUCCAAAUAAUGAGCCUUCAAGAGUUGUAUUGGAUUCAAGUGGGUCCGUUGUACACUAUAUGUGGAGCAAAGGGGACCAAAAUUGCCACAUAUCUUACACGUUUGAAGGAUCUGGGUGCAACAGCUAUGAAUUAUGUGGGAAUUUUGGUCUUUGUAGCUCUGUUUUAGUAGCUAGUUGUGGUUGUUUAGAUGGGUUUGAACAAAAAUCAACACAAAGCUUUUCAGAUGGGUGUGUGAGAAAGCAUCCAGAAAUCUGCAGAGCAGGAGAGGGAUUUAAAAAGAUAAGUAAUGUGAAAUGGCCAGAUUCCAGUGGGGAGUUUGUCAAAAUCAAAUUGGGUACUCAAAAUUGUGAGAAAGAAUGUUUGAAUGACUGCUCUUGCUUGGCUUAUGGUGCAUUGGAAAUUCCUAAGAUUGGACCUUCUUGUGUCACCUGGUUUGGGAAAUUGAUUGAUAUUAGAUUUGUUCGUGAUGCUGGAACUGGAGAAGAUCUCUUUGUGAGAGUGGCGGCUUCAGAAUUAGAAUCAAGUCAGAAGAAGAGUGGAGUUGCGGUGGUUGUGGCUAUGGUAAUCAUAUCCAUACUAAUCUUCUUGGCUUUAAUCAGCUGGCUUAUCAUCAGGAAUGUAAGAAGAAAGGCAAGAGAAGACCAAGGAGCUGUGAUGAUUGAAGCUCUAAUUCAAGAGAAUGAACUUGAGAUGCCAAUUGCUUUAAUAGAAGCAGCAACAGAUCAUUUUUCUGUUUCCAAUAAGAUAGGAGAAGGAGGUUUUGGACCAGUUUAUAAGGGCAAACUUCCAUCUGGCCAAGAAAUUGCUGUAAAAAAACUAGCAGAAAGCUCUCGCCAAGGAUUACAGGAGUUUAAAAAUGAGAUCCUUUUCAUUUCCCAGCUUCAACAUCGAAAUCUUGUCAAACUUCUUGGUUUUUGCAUCCACCAGGAAGAAACGUUACUUAUUUAUGAAUACAUGCCAAACAAAAGCUUGGACUACUUCCUUUUCGAUGACCGAAGACGUUCGUUACUCAAUUGGUCAAUGAGAAUUGAUAUCAUAAUUGGUAUAGCUCGAGGGCUUCUUUAUCUCCAUCGAGAUUCAAGACUUCGAAUAAUUCAUAGAGAUCUUAAAGCUGCCAAUAUUUUAUUAGAUAGUGGAAUGGAGCCAAAAAUUUCAGAUUUUGGCAUUGCACGCAUGUUUGGUGAAGAUCAAACAGAAACAAAAACAAAAAGGGUUGUUGGGACAUUUGGUUAUAUGUCUCCAGAGUAUGUAAUAGAUGGUCGCUUUUCAUUCAAAUCUGAUGUUUUCAGCUUUGGAGUUAUGCUUUUGGAAAUAGUUAGUGGCAAAAGGAAUAGGUACUUUUUUCACCUCGAACAUCAACAACUAAAUCUUCUUGGACAUGUAUGGAAACUUUGGAAUGAAGGAAGGGCACUGGAAUUAAUUGAUGAGACGUUGAGAGAUCAAUUUCAAGAAUAUGAAGCACUUAAAUACAUAAAUAUUGGACUUUUAUGUAUUCAAGGACGUCCAGAAAAAAGACCAACUAUGUCAUCUGUGCUUUCCAUGUUAGAAAAUAAUAACAUGGAAUUGAUAUCUCCAGAACGACCAGGAUUCUAUGAAGAAAGGUUUGAAUGGCUUGGUGUUGAUCAUUCACCAUCACUGGGUGAUAAAUUAACUUCUAGUUCAAACAAUGUUGUUACGAUUACUUUAUUUGAUGGUCGUUAAAGUACUUAAUUAUGAACACAUUGAUCUUAGAAAACUUCUGUUCUGGUUUAGUAGAUCAAUUGUUAUUGGUUUCCUUUGUAAA